AUGAUAGAUGAACUGGCUGAUGUGCCAAUUGAAGGUUCUGCUUUCAUCCGCCACUUUUCCGAACCGUUCGAACGCGUUGCUUCCACAGAACUCAUUUAUUCGACCGCAUUUGUGGAUCCUUACUUGGGAUGGUAUAAAUCCACUUCUAGGCGCUCUCAUUUUCCCUUCUUGACAACAAAAAAUCCGGUAGAACCCAACAUAGACAACCACGUUGCUGAUCUCUACAAAAUGAUCGAUAAUUACGAGGUUUAG